AUGACCCCUCUAGAUCAAGCUUGCUUCAAAGGAAAUCGAGAAGUUGUGGAAUAUCUAUUAAAGAACGGUGCAGAUGUCAACUCCAGACACCACAAACAGGGGUAUACGUCACUAAUGUUUGCUGCUCUAGCAGGUCAUAUGGAAGUCACGAAAUUACUGUUGCAACAUGGUGCACGAAGCAAUUACACGAACAAACUAGGCCGGACUGCAUGUCAAAUGGCUUCGUUUGUUGGUAGGCAAAUUUUUCUCGUCCUUGGAACGGACUUGAUCAAACAUUCCACAUGCACGGAACAAUGCAUCCUGUUAUGUUGGUCUACUGUGGUCAGUGUACUGGAAGAUUUAAUGGCCAAAUACUUCACUCCACAUCAGACCCAUGAAGCGUUGGCAUUAAAGUUUCACCUGCUCGCAUGUUGUAUUCGACGUGCUGGCCAGUAUUACGACAAUGUCAGCCAAACGAUCAGCGAGGCUCCGGAUAAACGGAUUAACAGUGGUGCGGAUUCAAACAAAUUGUCCGAACAAUUGCGCGGUCUGAUUCGGGAAUUUCUUCGUGGCACCGAUCCGCAUGGCCUUCCUUUGGGUAUGUGUCUCUCGAAUGCAUUUGGGGAGAAAAACUGGUAUGGGUCCUUUCACCAUUUCUGA